AGGCUGCGCCGGGGUGCGUCGAACCCGGGGGAAAGGCGCCAGCGCGCCGGGGCAGGCACCGCCGGACUCCGCGGCGCUUGGCCACCGCUUCCUGCACCCAUGGCACCCGUCGCCCUGUGGGCCGCUCUGGCCGUCGGACUGCAGCUCUGGGCCGCCGGGCACGGCGUGCCCACCCAGUUCACUGUCAACCCCCACAGCCCAGAGUCUGGGGGCAAGUGCCAAUCAACCCAGUACUAUGACGACGGGGUCCAGCGGUGCUGUAGCAAGUGUCAGCCAGGCCACCAUGUGAAAGCCUUCUGCACUGAGAGCUCGGACACCGUGUGCGCCCGCUGUGAGGACAGCACAUACACGCAGCUCUGGAACCGCGUCGCUGAGUGCUUCAGCUGCAGUGCCCGCUGCAGCCCUGACCAAGUAGAAACCCAAGCAUGCACCUGGAAGCAGAACCGGAUCUGUAUGUGCAAGCCAGGCUUGUACUGCAUGUUGAAGAAACAGGAGGGCUGCCGGCUGUGCAAGGCACUGAGCAAGUACCGCCCCGGCUUUGGCGUGGCCAAACCAGGCACUGCAGUGUCAGACGUGGUGUGUGCGCCCUGUGUCCCAGGGACUUUCUCUGAUAUGACCUCAUCCACGGAUACCUGCCGGCCCCACCGGAUCUGCCACAUGGUGGCCAUCCCCGGCAAUGCGAGUAUGGACGCACUCAUCUGGGUUCUCGCCCCCACAAGUGGCUUUGCAACCAACCAGCCACCCCAGCCAGUAGCCACAACUUCCCAACACACGCAGCCUACACCAGGACCCACCAUCAAGUUCUCUGUUCCACUUCUGAUGGGCCCUAGCCCCCCAGCUGAGGGGCUCCGCAUCGGCAGCGUCUGUCUUCCCGUGGGACUGAUUGUGGGUGUUACAGUCUUCUGCCUGCUCGUUAUAGGACUGGUGAACGUUGUCAUCCUGUCACAGAAAAAAAAGAAGCUGUCCUGCCUGCAGAGAGAAGCCAAGGUGCCUCACGUGCCUGCUGACAAGGCCCGGGGUGAGCCCGGCCUGGAGCAGCAGCAUCUGCUCACCACAGCGCCCAGCUCCAGCAGCAGCUCCCUGGAGAGUUCCGCCAGCGCUGCAGACAGGAGGACGCCCACCAAGAGCCAGCCCCCGACGCCGAGUGUGGACAAGGCCCCUGGGUCCGGGGAGGCCCAGGCCAGCUGCAGGAGCUCAGAGCCCGCCCCCGGAGGCCCUGGCGGCCCCGGCACCCAGGUCAACGUCACCUGCAUUGUCAAUGUCUACAGCAGCUCCGACCCUGGCUCGCCCUGCUCCCCCCCGGCUGGGCCCGCGAUGGAGGACACAGAUGGCAGUCCCUCGGGCCUCUCCGUCGAUGAUGAACAGGUGCCCUUCUCCAAGGAAGAGAGCCCCUUUGAGUCCCACCCGGGGCCCCCCGAGACUGCUCUGCAGAACCCCGAGAAAUCCCUGCCCCUCGGCGUGCCUGACGACGGCCUGAAGCCCAGCUAACCAGGCUGGUACAGGCCGUGUCACAGCCGAAGUGGGCUGGCC